AUGAGUAUUUUAGAGGAAAACAUUCUGCUGACGUCAACCCGCUUGCACGAGGCGCGUGUCAAAGUGGUAGACUUCGGUUUCGCCCGUCGUUUGCCCGACCACGACGACCGGGCGCGCAUGAUGACGCCUUGCUUCAGUUUGCCGUACGCGGCGCCGGAGGUGGUGUCGUGCGCGCGCUCCUCCUCCGCGCCCGGGUACGGACCUGCUUGCGAUCUUUGGAGUCUUGGUGUUAUAUUUUACUGCAUGUUGUGCGGCAAGGCGCCAUUCCAGCCCGUCUCCAAUAAGGAGCCUGUCACAGCCUUCAUGGACAGGAUCAGGACUGGAAGCUUCACUAUGGAAGGUCCAGUGUGGGAGAACAUAUCUUCGGAAAGCAAGCGAUUAGUGCGAGGUCUGCUUCGCGCUGAGAGCUCGAGACUCAGCUUAACUGAGCUGUUGGCUGCCCUCGGCUGCGAAGACAGCGGUACCUUCAAACUAUCUAGUUAA